CAUCAAUCCCACCAGUUCCUCAUCCAUUUGCAACAUCUUCAUCCCCAUCUUCUCAUUUUUCCCUUCUCUGUUUCAUCUGAGAAAAUGCAUCCCCUUCACCUCCCUGGGUCUUUCUUCAUCAUCAUCAUCAUCACCUUCGUCUUGAUCCAUGCUCCUAAAUAUGCAUCCUCUGCGGAUGAACGUUAUGUGAAAUGCAACAGGACGUUCGCCUGUGGAAACAUUGAGAAUAUUGGCUAUCCUUUCUGGGAUUCAGACGGGCCCGAAUACUGUGGAUACCCGGGGUUCCAGCUGAACUGCAGUGACUCAACCCAGGAGAUCAGAAUCGGGUCAGCAACAUACAACGUCCUUGAAAUCGACAACGAGUCGCGGGUUCUCACCGUGGCCAGAACCGAUUAUCUAGACGACCUCUGCCCACCCUCCCUGAUCAACACCACUUGGAAUCCCGACCUCUUUGAAUUUACUCGCCAUACUCAGGUUAUAAACCUCUAUUAUCACUGCCUCCCUCCUCCUCCUCCUCCAGCUCCUCUAACUCCUCCAACUCCAAUACCAAAUCCAGAAAAUGAUGAGUACUUCAAUCAUUUUACUUGUAAUGGAUACGGAAACACCCCAUGCGGCUAUUAUCUCACCAGAAAUCUCAGUGAGUUGCCCCUUCCGGCUCAUAUUGCAAUCAAUGGCCUCUUGGGUAGGUGCGGUGACCGGGUUGUUCUGGUUGCAAACCAAUCAGAAAUCCAGUCUCUGGAGACAAGUCAGAAUCUGAGCGAGGAAACUCUGGUUGAUGCUCUAGAAAAAGGAUUUGGGUUGCAGUGGAAUGCAAAUAAUAGCUUGUGUGAUCAGUGUGGAGGCUCCGGCGGGCUGUGUGGGUAUGAUAAGGUUUCGAAUAAAUUUUCUUGUUACUGCACAGAUCGGCCCUAUGAUACCGUUUGUCCUACAGGUCAGUUCAUUACUUCUCUUUAGUGAUCAGCCCCAUAGUACGGUUAUUUGUUUAUCAUAUUAAAAUUCGAGAUUUCAA